AUGCCUUCAUGCGCGGUGAAGUGGUGUGGGAAACAUUCCAAGACAUCUAGUUACAAAAAAGAUGGCAUAACUUUUCAUCGAUUUCCUAAGAUUCCAGAACUAAAAGAAAAGUGGAUAGAUAAGGUUAAUAGGGAAAAUUGGUUUCCAACAAAAUACAGCGCUGUUUGUUCAAGGCACUUCACCCCCGAUUGUUUUGAAUAUUUAAAAGAACGCCGCCGUCUAUUUAGUUCAGCGAUACCAACGUUGUUUUUGCCUAUUUUGGUAAGUUUUGUUUUUAUUGAUAUAAUGUUAGGAAAAGUGAAAUUGUGA